AUGUGGGAGGAGGUUGCACAGCUGAGACAGGAAGUGAAGGGCCUGAAGGCAGCGAAUGCACGUAUCAAGUGCCUGGUCUUACAGGCUAUGGUAAGCCAGAGGUGCAGGUCAUUAUUGACUGGAAUGAUGAAUAGGGCAGAGCACUGUCCUUCCACCUGUGAGGUUGCGAUGUUUCAUAUGUACAAGGUUGAGAGCAGUGUUCAGCCCUUGCCCAUGCUGCAGCAAACUACGUGUCACUGCCCCCUCUCGUUCCAGGUAAUGACAAUGGGAUUCGCUGGAGACCUUCUGUCUGAAGGAAAAUUCGCAGCCAAACUCUUUGCAAGAAUGUCAAAACUGAGUUUAAAGAAUUUGGGCAACACCCUGCUUCUUGGCUCUCAGGCCAAAGUGCCUUCUGAGCUAUUUUCUCACAGCAGACGCAUCUGCAGUGCAUUGGGAUUCUAA